AUGUUAUUUUUUUGUUUUCUUCACAGACUGUACAGUAGGGACUAUCAGUCAGGUUACAAUCAGUGAUACCACUUUCCCCUUUGACUAUGAUGUUACCCAAUUUAACAACUGUCUGACGGCCAAAACUGUCAAAGACAACUUUGAUGCCAUCACAGCCAAAGUGGACGAGGUGGAAUACCUCCAAAUUGUUCUCCAGAAGCUGCGAGAGGCUUACAGCUCCAUCAUUCCUGAAGAUCAGGUUCAGGCUUUAGGUCCUGCAUCACGUGUUGCCACCACUGCAGACAUCAACUCUUGGACUAUCACUCAAGUGGACACAUUGGCUUCUUUGAUGGACUCAUCAAAUGGGGAUUGGGAUCCAAGCUUGACUAAAACCAUCAUCUCCAAGUACCUGGCUGUGACAGGAAACACCCUUGGCCGAGCAGAGCUGAAUGCUAUCGGAGGAUCUAACCUGUGCUCUCUAGACGUGAGCGUCAUCAAGACCAUUUCAAAACAGAGCCUGAAAGAAGCUGAUGCCCUGAACGUAACCAGCUGCACCACGGAGAAAAAGCAAGAACUUUUCAGCAUUGCCAGCCAAUCCUUCAGAAGCAUUGUGCGAUCAUCUCCCUCUUACCUGCUCACACAGCCUUACAUUGGAGGUGCAAAUAUUAGCUACAUUAGAAGUUUGGUGACUUCCAAUGUUAACAUGGAUCUGGCCACCUUCUCCAAUUUAAAUCAGAAUGUUGUGCUGGGCUUAACUGUAACUGAAGUAAAAAGUCUGCUUGGUACCAACCUGCCAGAUUUGAAGUCUUAUGAAAACCAAACACUGGUGCAGACCUGGAUCAGAAGUCAGUACCAGUCAGAGCUAAACACUCUGGGACUGAGUCUGUCUGGAGGCAGAGCUGACCCCGUAACCACCGCCACAAGCAGUCCAACAGGAACAGCAGCGACAACAACAACAACAACAACAACAACAAAACCUACAAGUUCUACAACCAAAGGUAGUGGAGUCCGCAUCCACGCAGACGCUGGAUUCUCCCUUCUCGUUUGUCUGGCGCUCCUCGUCACAUCUCAGUUAAUCACUAUGUAAAAAACAAAACAGCUCACGAAUAAACAUGUUUGAACUGUCAGCAAGGUAAAAAAAUCAUUUAUGACUAAUUGAAACAAAUAAUAAUACAAAUACUUUGCUUACUAUAAUGACCUUUUCAUGUGCAAUAAUGGGUUAAAUUCAGCUAUGGAGAGUCUUUAAUUACUUUUUACCUCAAUUAAUCUGUUCCGAAGCCUUUCCGGUUUAUUGUUUCAGAUCUGCUUUUUGUGUUGAUAGUAUUUAUGAAACAUGUAAAAUAAUUUCUAGCCUCGCAAUAUUUUCAAGAAUGCCAAGACAAAACAGUAACAGUUAAUCUCUCAUUUACGUGUUUGCUUUUUCAAAUACUCUGUUACAUCUUAAAACAAGCAAUUUAUGAGUUCACUGUUUUAAAACAAUUAUUUUUUUGCUCCUGUCACUAAAUAUUACUGCACUUUUAAAUAAAUUGCUGUUGUAUGCAACUCA